AUGGCAUGGAGCCUGUUCCCUCACCCCCUCCUGGCCCCGGGUUCAGCCGUUGUGGCACCUCCUCACCCCCUCGCUGAUCCCGGGUGUCGUCCGUGUGGCACACUUGGCAUCACCCCACUUCUGAUCCCGGGGUCACCGGUGGGCACCCCUCCUGAGGUUCCCGGGUUACCCGUGUGGCACCCCUCGAACCCUUCUGAUUCGGCCGGGGUCACGUGUGGCCACGGGCGGGUCGCCUCACUGAAUCCCGGGGUUUGCCGUGUGGGCACCCCUCACCCGGGCCCUUCUGAUCCUGGGGCCGCCGUGUGGCACCACCCUCCUGAUCCCGGGGUUACCAUGUGUGGCACCCACUCAUCCCCCCUUCUGAUCCCUGGGGUCACCGUGGUGGCACCCCCUCCUGAUCCGGGGUUUACCAUCCGGGUCUCCGUGUGGCACCCCCUCAUCCCCUGUCUGAUCCGGGGUUACCGUAUCCCCGGGGUCUCCGUGUGGCACCCCUCACCCCCUUCUGAUCCCGGGGUUCACCCGUGUGGCACCCCCUCACUGAUCCCCGGGGUGCCCGUGUGGCACCCCUCGAUCCCGGGUGAUCCCGGGGUCACCGUACCCCUCCUGAUCCUGGGUCUCAGUGUGGCACCCACCCCCUCCAGAUCCCGGGGUCUCCGUGUGGCACCCUCACCCCCUUCUGAUCUGGGGUCAUGUGGUACCCCUCCUGAUCCCGUGUGUGGCACCCCUCCUUUGCCCGGGGUCACCGUGUGGCAUCCCUCCUGA